AUGCCAAACCCAGUCAAGGACAUCACCCUUCGCGACGAGACAACAUUCUCCUACAUCUUCGAGCAGAAUGUGACGAUUGAACUGAAAGAUAAAUCAGGUCUCGUUCGUUGCAAUGUAUAUCGCCCCAAAACUUCAGAAGCAGUACCUGUUCUCGUCACCUACGGUCCAUAUGGCAAAGAUAUCAGCUAUGAAGCUUUCCACCCUCAGAGCUUCAGUGAGGUGAACCCUGAGCAGCGCUCAGAGCACUCAGCCUGGGAAACACCCGAUCCCAAGUUCUGGACUAGCAACGGCUAUGCUGUAGUACGCGCCGACGAACGCGGCACAGGCCAAUCCGUCGGCAAGCUGGACACGAUGUCACGCGGAACCAGUGAAGCCUUCUUCGACGUUGUGGAAUGGGCUGCCGAGCAGUCAUGGUCCACCGGCAAAGUUGGCUUGCUCGGAAUCAGUUACUUUGCAGGCAGUCAAUGGCGUGUUGCCGCACGUCAACCCAAGGGUUUAUCCUGCAUUGUCCCUUGGGAAGGCAUGUCAGACUACUACCGGGAUCGAUGCCGACAUGGUGGAAUUCUCUCGAACAAAUUCAUCAAGUUCUGGUGGGAUCGCCAGGUUGUGAGUAACCAGUAUGGUCUCGCUGGUCGAGAGGCUCGCAACUGGGGUCCAGAUACCAUUGAAGGCAAUCUGUCUGAAGAUGAGCUUGUGCAGAAUCGUCAGGACCAGACCGUUGAUAACUUGGAGAACAAGUUCCGGGAUGAUCUUUACUACGCGUCCAAGGAAUAUAGCAUGUCGGAUAUCAAAGUGCCACUACUAUCUGUCGCAAACUGGGGCGGGAUUCUCUUGCACCUCCGGGGAAACGUCGAAGGCUACACGCAUGCAGGCUCGGACUUGAAGUAUCUGCGCUUCAUCACCGGAAGACACGAUCUUCCAUUCUACUACAAAGAGGAAGUCGAACUUCAGCGCAGCUUCCUCGACGCUUUCUUGAAAGGAGAUGAUCGCGCAGGCUGGGCAAAUGGAACCGCUCCAAAGGUGGACAUGGUUUUGCGCAAGGGGAACGUAGGCCACAACAAUGCCGAGGCUGAGAGGGCUUUCCCUCGCCGACAGGAGGCAGAGUGGCCCAUUGCCCGUACCCAGUACACCAAGUACUUCCUGACAUCACAAAAGGAGCUGGUAACCACAGCACCCACCGAAUCACGUUCUACCAAGGUCUCAUACCAGGCAUUGGGAAAUCUCGAGGAUCCUCAAUUGGUUCAAUUUACUACACCUGCCUUCGAGACUGAAACAGAGAUUACGGGGCAUAUUGUUGCGCAUCUGAAUGUGUCUAUGAGCGCGAACGCGGGCGCGCCUACGCCACAAGACAUUGAUUUAUUCCUCACAAUGCGAUACAUAUCGCCCAGUGGAGAGGAAGUAUUCUAUACCGGCACAGCGGGUGACCCUGUUCCCCUGUGCAAAGGCUGGUUGCGUGUUUCAAUGAGACAAGUUGAUUAUGAAAGUCCUCGGAAUCGCCCCUGGCUCCCUCAUCGCAAUUACUACUCCACCGAUGUACGCCCUGUCAUCCCGGGUGAGGUCUAUGCGGUUGACGUGGAGGUUUGGCCGACCAAUAUCGUUGUGGAGAAGGGAGGCAAGAUUGUGCUGGAGGUUAGUAGCGGGGAUACGCAAGGCAGUGGGAUUUUCCAACAUAACUCACCUGUUGAUCGAUCUACCGAGCGCUUCCAGGGUCAAAAUCACAUUCACUUUGGCAUUGCGGAGAACUAUGUUACUCUACCAGUUAUCCCGGCGGUCUAG